UAAGCAGAGAGACAGACUGAGAGGGACUAGGAGAGACAUCUAGAGAAAGAGAAGCCACGCUCUAUCAGGGCUUAGCCUCCAACUUGUUUCAGUUCAUUCAUCUUUUUUUCCUCACUGCUUCGGGGAAGUGACUGUGGCACUAGGUCUCUGCAAGUUGCUAAGAAGAUGAUAAUAAGACAAAUGUGGCUCUUCUAUGAGACCAGAGUUGGACUCUUUUUCCUGAUUAGUAUUCUCCCUGGGACCACUGGGCAAGGGGAACCAAGACGACAAGAACCCGGGGACUUUGUGAAGCAAGAUAUUGGCGGACUCUCACCCAAGCAUGCUCCAGAUAUUCCUGAUGACAGCACGGAUAACAUCACUAUCUUCACUAGAAUCUUGGAUCGGCUUCUGGAUGGCUAUGAUAACCGGCUGCGACCUGGGCUUGGAGAUGCAGUGACUGAAGUGAAGACCGACAUCUAUGUGACUAGUUUUGGCCCUGUGUCAGACACUGACAUGGAGUAUACUAUUGAUGUAUUUUUUAGACAGACGUGGCAUGAUGAAAGACUGAAAUUUGAUGGACCCAUGAAGAUUCUUCCACUGAACAAUCUUCUAGCUAGUAAGAUAUGGACUCCUGACACAUUUUUCCACAAUGGCAAAAAAUCAGUGGCUCACAAUAUGACCACACCCAACAAGCUGCUCAGACUGGUAGACAAUGGGACCCUCCUGUAUACAAUGAGGUUAACAAUACAUGCUGAAUGCCCUAUGCAUUUAGAAGAUUUCCCUAUGGAUGUUCAUGCCUGCCCGCUGAAGUUUGGAAGCUAUGCCUAUACCAAAGCUGAAGUGAUUUAUUCCUGGACUCUUGGAAAGAACAAAUCUGUGGAAGUAGCACAGGAUGGCUCUCGCCUGAAUCAGUAUGACUUGCUUGGCCAUGUUGUUGGGACAGAGAUAAUCCGGUCUAGCACAGGAGAAUAUGUCGUCAUGACAACCCACUUUCAUCUGAAGAGAAAAAUCGGCUACUUUGUCAUCCAGACCUACUUGCCAUGUAUCAUGACUGUCAUUCUGUCACAAGUGUCUUUCUGGCUUAAUAGAGAAUCUGUCCCUGCUCGCACAGUUUUUGGUGUCACCACUGUUCUCACCAUGACCACCUUGAGUAUCAGUGCCAGAAACUCCUUACCUAAAGUGGCAUACGCGACGGCCAUGGACUGGUUCAUAGCCGUCUGUUAUGCCUUUGUAUUUUCUGCGCUGAUUGAAUUUGCUACUGUCAACUACUUCACCAAGCGGAGUUGGGCUUGGGAAGGCAAGAAGGUACCAGAGGCCCUGGAGAUGAAGAAGAAAACACCAACAGCUCCAACAAAGAAAACAAGUACCACCUUCAACAUCGUGGGAACCACCUAUCCUAUCAACCUGGCCAAGGAUACUGAGUUCUCCACCAUCUCCAAGAGUGCUGCUGCGCCCAGUGCUUCUUCAACUCCAACAGUAAUUGCUUCACCCAAGGCCACUUAUGUGCAGGACAGCCCUGCUGAGACCAAGACCUACAAUAGUGUCAGCAAGGUUGACAAAAUUUCCCGCAUCAUCUUUCCUGUGCUCUUUGCCAUAUUCAAUCUUGUUUACUGGGCUACAUAUGUGAACCGGGAAUCAGCUAUCAAGGGCAUGAUCCGCAAACAGUAGAUAGUAGUGGCAGCACUGCAACCAGAGCAUUGUAUACCCCAUGAAUCGUCCAAACCCCCAAUGCAGGGCUCUCUCCUGUCAUGUGGUUCAUGUUUCUUUUCAACCCUGUUCCAAACUGAGUGUAAUCACUUUCUCAAUUCAUAUUUAUGAUCCUCGUUGAAAAUGUAACAACCGAAAAAUGACUUUUCCCUUGAACAUUGCUUGGAUUGAGCCAAACACUGCCAUGUGUCCAGUUUCUCAUUUUAGUAUGCCAGUCUCCCCCAGCUGAUGGCACUGCAUGUGUUUAAUUUCAUUCUGCCCAUUGAAGAAAGACAGGAGACUCUACUUCUUCUACUGGAAACCUUGGCUGUGUGAGGUCCAGGCUGUUAAGUUCCAGGAGCAUUCUUGGCAAGGCUUCAUUGGAUAGUUCUGACACUACGGAGUCAGCUUAGGCUGUCUCAUAUAAUCUUGUCUAUCUGACUCCUCCCAUGCUCGGAACAGAGCUUAGUAGGGCAGAUGAACUAGUAGAAUGAGGAGAAGCCUGUGGAAACUUCUGAAGUAACCCCUAAAUUGUUUCUUGCCUUGGAGGUCAGUGGGAAUAACUGAGGCUCACCUCUAUCAAACAUGUACGAUGAGAGAGAAUUAGAGAGAGAGAGAGAGAGAGAGAGAGAGAGAGAGAGAGAGAGAGAGAGAGAGAGAGAGAGA